CCUGUCAGCUUCCACGUUCUCUCCAGAUGGCAGAGUAUUUCAGGUCGAGUAUGCUAUGAAAGCUGUGGAGAACAGCAGUACAGCAAUUGGGAUCAGAUGCAAAGAUGGUGUUGUCUUUGGAGUAGAAAAGCUCGUUCUGUCCAAGCUGUAUGAAGAAGGUUCCAACAAACGUCUCUUCAAUGUCGAUCGCCACGUCGGAAUGGCAGUGGCAGGACUGCUGGCAGACGCUCGUUCUUUGGCAGACAUAGCUAGAGAAGAGGCUUCCAACUUCAGAUCUAACUAUGGAUACGAUAUUCCACUGAAGCACCUGGCAGAGCGGGUGGCCAUGUACGUGCACGCAUACACUCUGUACAGUGCUGUCAGGCCCUUUGGCUGCAGUUUCAUGUUGGGCUCCUAUGAUGAAGAUGAUGGUGCACAACUGUACAUGAUUGACCCAUCAGGAGUUUCAUACGGUUAUUGGGGGUGUGCCAUUGGCAAGGCCAGGCAGGCUGCAAAGACAGAGAUAGAAAAACUUCAGAUGAAAGAAAUGACCUGCCGUGACGUUGUUAAAGAGGUUGCAAAAAUAAUCUACAUAGUUCACGAUGAAGUAAAGGAUAAAGCUUUUGAGCUGGAACUCAGCUGGGUUGGAGAAAUAACCAAUGGAAAACAUGAAAUUGUUCCCAAAGACAUCAGGGAAGAAGCAGAGAAAUAUGCCAAGGAAUCUUUGAAAGAGGAAGAUGAAUCAGAUGAUGACAAUAUGUAACACAUUGUUACUUCAAGACAAGUUCAGCUUUUCUUAACUUAGGACAGGUUUGUUUGUAUGUAGGAAGCGUGGGAUGCUAUUGUGUACUUGUUGGAAGAAACUGAGUGACCAACUUGCACUAAUAAAUUUUCCAUUUUACUGUC